UCUAUUACGUAACACCUUUGUUACAUAUAUCAAAAUUUGUAACAUAAUGUUAUAAAACUAUAUAAAAUUGUAAGUUAUAAAAAAUCAUUGAAAAUGCUUAUUUGUGGUCCAUUUAUGCUCGCUUUUAUCCCAUGUUUGAAACUAGCGUGUGUAGUGAUACCAUGCUUAAUCCUACUUGGUUCUUUAGGAGUUUACAUGGGAGACUUUUUUUCAAACUACUCAAAUGUUACCUACGUUAAACUCAAUACAUUUAUAAACAACACAAAAUUCUGAUGUAAAAAUACAAAGUGUGAUCGAGACAACUAUCGUAAAUAAUGUGUUUGUGAAAUUGUAACUUGUGGUUAAAUUGUGGUUGUCAUGGCUGAUGCUGUCUUUGACAUUACGAGCCACAUACAAGGUUGUCAUGGAAACAGUUGUUAAUACAGUUUUAUAAAUAUGACAACAGACGAGGAUAAAAGCAAGUUAGCUAAAUUACUUCACAAUUUAGAAGUUUGUGAAGAUAAAUUGCCGGAAAAAUGUUCACCUCUUGUGAAAGAGUUCUCUGAAAAGUUUGGCACCGAUAUUGAUGAGGAAGUUUUAGAGGAACUGGUCUAUGAAAAUCCUUACGUUGUCGACAAGGUACAACUGGCCGAGAUUGAUGCAAAACUGAGGGCACUUGUUGUGGAAAGCAGACGUGCCAAAAAGGAAAUCACAGGCAGCUUAGCUCUAACCGGACCAGACCCCAAAAGACCUUGGCGUACAAAUUCUAGCAAGGAACUAUUGUUACGUAUUGAUAAUGACCUUAAAAGGCAUUCGGAAAAGGCGGAUCAGGCUAUCGCUCCUAUGGGUGAUAGUGAGCUGAGAGAUCUCAUCAUUGAAUGCCAGGACGAGGCUCUUACUGGUCCUCUGGUUGGUGCGGACCGGUUGCGUGUGACUGUCGAAGAAGCGAGAAAGAAGCUUCCUAAUUUCCAGUAUCGUAAAAUUGAAAAUAGUACAGCAACUUGCAUAUUGCCCACAGCGCAUACACCUAAACCCAAAGAUAAUAUUGACGGAAGCGGCCAGUUCAUACCCCGUCCCGAAACCCGUCAGUGCUUUCUGCGAAGCCUUGCUGAGCUCCGAAAUCUUCGAGUCUUGGCUCUCGAGUACUCGCACAUUGCUGAUGGGAGUGGUGCAGCCAUUAUGACUCUCCUAGCGGUUCUCCGAAGACCUCACUUUCGUUUACAAUUAAUAUGUCGUGAAGAUCAGAUUCCGGGUCUGACCGAUGCAACUCUUGGUGUUGGAGGGUACUGCAUCCCAGAUACAGCGUGGAGACGCGUUACAAUUGCUUGUCCUGAUCUCUACGUGUUUAUGGCCUUCUUUCGUAUUCGUGACUACGACAACCUACGUCGCUUCAUAUCACCAAGUAUACCACUCAGAGAGACUCAUCUACAAUACGGCAUCGACCUGAAGUACUCCCAGCGACAGGAUUCAGACCUCACAAGUUUCGUAAGGCAUAUCGCUUGGAGAUAUGCAGAUACACUCGUGACAUUAAGUAUUCAUCAAUGGCGCGGGGUCGUGUUCCCGAUUCGGCGUAUUGUGGAGCUUAUUCCCAGUCUGGUCAGACUUCAUUAUAUUGGACUCGUUGAAGAAAUGGAUCUACGACGAACACUUAAUAUUGUAGCGUGCGGUGUCACAUACAGGUUGAAGCAGAUGAACAUACAAGUGCAAGAUAGUGAGCAACGCCGCGACUACUGGACUGACGUGGUCCACUCACUCAACCAUGACUACAAAGACAUCGUCUCUCUGUUCGAAAUAGACUUAUGUAUCUCAAUAUACAAAAGCUAAUAUUAUAUAUUAUUUAUGAUUAUAUUUUUUACGAGAUAUA